UGAGCCUGGCCCGCCGCCGCGGCCUCCCCCGGCGGCGCCGCCCGCCCCGGGCUGCCGCAGCGCCGCGAUGGAGACGGCGGAGAAGGAGUGCGGAGCCCUUGGCGGCCUCUUCCAAGCCAUCAUCAACGACAUGAAGAGCUCCUACCCCAUAUGGGAGGAUUUCAACUCGAAGGCCACCAAGCUGCACUCCCAGCUCAGGACCACGGUGCUGGCCGCAGUUGCCUUCCUGGAUGCCUUCCAGAAAGUGGCUGACAUGGCCACCAACACCCGAGGUGCCACGAGGGACAUCGGCUCGGCGCUGACCCGCAUGUGCAUGCGGCACCGCAGCAUCGAGGCCAAGCUCCGGCAGUUCACCAAUGCCCUCAUGGAGAGCCUGAUAAACCCUUUGCAGGACAGGAUUGAGGACUGGAAGAAAACUGCCAAUCAGCUGGACAAGGACCAUGCGAAAGAGUACAAGCGAGCACGCCAUGAGAUCAAGAAAAAGUCCUCUGACACCCUCAAGCUCCAGAAAAAGGCUCGCAAAGAGCUACUUGGGAAGGGCGACCUGCAGCCCCAGCUGGACAACGCGCUGCAGGACGUCAAUGACAUGUACCUGCUGCUGGAGGAGACGGAGAAGCAGGCGGUCCGCAAAGCCCUCAUCGAGGAGCGGGGCCGCUUCUGCACCUUCAUCACCUUCCUGCAGCCCGUGGUGAACGGGGAGCUCACCAUGCUGGGAGAGAUCACCCACCUGCAGGGCAUCAUCGAGGACCUGGUGGUGCUCACCGCUGAGCCCCACAAGUUGCCCCCCGCCAGUGAGCAGGUGAUCAAGGACCUGAAGGGCUCUGACUACAGCUGGUCCUACCAGACGCCCCCAUCCUCGCCCAGCAGCUCCAGCUCCCGCAAGUCCAGCAUGUGCAGCAGCGUUAGCAGUGCCAAGGGUGGCAUGGCGUGGCCCGGCGGGGCUCAGACCUGCUCACCCAGUUCCACCUAUCGCUACCGCAGCCUGGCGCAGCCCCCCGCCGCCGCCACCCGCCUCUCCAGCGUCUCCUCCCACGACUCCGGCUUCAUCUCCCAGGACGCCGCUUAUUCCAAACCACCUUCCCCCAUGCCCUCGGACAUCACCAGCCAGAAGUCCUCCAGCUCGGCGUCCUCUGAGGCAUCCGAAACCUGCCAGUCAGUUAGCGAGUGCAGCUCCCCCACCUCGGACUGGUCCAAGGCCAGCCCCUAUGACCAGCCAGUGGUCCCUACCCUGCAGCGGCGCAAGGACCGCGUGGAGCACCUGCGGGAGGCCGAGAUGGGCUCUCCUGCUGGGAGCUACCCAGGCAUCGGUGCCGAGGAUGCUCCCAGGCCCCGGAUGUCACCAGCUACAAUUGCUGCCAAGCAGCAUGGGGAGGAGGUGUCCCCUGCCGCCAGCGACCUGGCCAUGGUCUUGACCCGUGGGCUGAGCUUGGAGCACCAGAAGAGCAGCCGGGACUCACUGCAGUACUCCAGUGGCUACAGCACGCAGACCACCACCCCCUCCUGCUCUGAGGACACCAUCCCUUCCCAAGGCUCCGACUACGACUGCUACUCGGUGAACGGUGACGUGGAGUGUGACCCCCAGAGCGAUUUCGACAAGUCCUCCACCAUCCCACGCAACAGCAACAUCGCCCAGAACUACCGGCGGAUGAUCCAGACCAAGCGUCCCGCCUCCACUGCCGGGCUGCCCACCGGCACCAACCUCCCGGCCGGCACCACCCCGGGGGUGGCCACCAUCCGCCGCACGCCCUCCACCAAGCCCUCGGUCCGCCGUACGCUGUCCAACGCCGGCCCCAUCCCCAUCCGACCCCCCAUCGUCCCUGUGAAGACCCCCACAGUGCCCGACUCCCCUGGCUACGCCGGCCCUAUGCGGGUGGGCAGCGAAGAGUGCGUCUUCUAUGCCGACGAUGCCUCUCCGAACCCCCUGGAUUUUGCCAAAGCUUCGCCCAAGCGGCUGAGCCUUCCCAACACCGCCUGGGGUGGCGGUGCCAUGGAGAUCUCGGUCUACCCCGGGGCCGGCCAGCACCUCUCCGCUGAGGAAGAGGAGGACCAACAGUUGGCUGCCAACCGGCACAGUUUGGUGGAGAAGAUUGGGGAGCUGGUGGCCGGCGCCCACGCCCUGGGGGAAGGCCAGUUCCCCUUCCCCACCGCCCUCGUGGGGUCCGGCCCCGGCGAGGAGACCCCCGCGCCACCCCCCGCAGCCUCCAUGGACCCCCCGGCCGAAGACAUGCUGGUGGCCAUCCGGCGCGGGGUGCGGCUGCGCAGGACCGUCACCAACGACAGGUCGGCCCCGCGGAUAUCGUGAUGCUGCCCCGGCCAGGGGGACGUGCCCGAUGGACCCUGGGGGCACCCGCUGCCCCUCCCCAGGGACCCCCACCCGCCGGCACCCCGCUGCCCUGUCCCUCUCUGCUGCCCCCUGCUUCCUGCCCCUCUGGCUCCUCCUGCCCUGCCUUCUCCUCACAUCCCUCCUUCUCU